UCUUAAACUACAUAGGAAUAGGACUUGACUAAGUUAGGAGUAUAGCAUAGUAGUUUACAACACCCUCACGGUGCCCAACCUACACCUUCAGAAACUCUCAGUUUCCCUCACUCAUACGCAAAUUCUUCGCUCAUACGCAAAUUCCAAGGCUCGAAUUGCAGAAGCUCGUUUCAGGAUGAAUGACCUGUCAUCCCGAGGCCGCCCCGGCCUCCUGAGGGACGGGCCUGCUUCUAGGGGGUGACUGUUAGUUUUCUAGAUCGACGGUCCACCUACAGCUUAUUUGACCACUAAUCAAACGGGCGGUAAUGACAUAAGAUAAGAGGCCUGUGUUUAAUUCACGUUUGUUUACGUUAAGCUCAUCUUGCCUCAUGGACAUGAGUGAGUCCUGGAGAUUAUAAAUAAGAAAAAACAAGCUGAAUCACAGGGGUCAAAUUGUGCUUUCAGGGAGAAUGGCCAGUCCACAAAGAAGCUUGGAGCUCUUUAGUGAGGAUCUGAUUAUUUAUAUUGUGAGUAAGCUCUCUGAAAAGGAUCUCAUUAGGUGCAGGUGUGUAUCGAAAGAGUGGCAUAGAAUUAUCACCCAUGUUUGCAUUCCCAUGUUGUCAGUUGAGGCUCCAGUUUCUGGAGUUUACUUUCGUAUUGCUCGGGUAACCUGUAAGUCGGGAGAAGUUACAACACACUCCCCUCCAGUUGUUAGAGAUCUACUUUUUACCCUUAUCGCCUAUCAUGCUAGGGUGCACAUCAUGGAUGCUGCUCCUUUGAAGGUGCAUCCACGAUGCUCUUACUCUGGCAAUGUUCUUGAUGAUGAAUUUGGCUUUGAGGGCAUGUCUUAUGCAAAAAUAUUGCCGUUUGACCAUCGUGGGCCUGAUUUUUUGGACUGUUGCAAUGGCUUGCUUUUGUUUGUUCAUCGUCCUAAACCCCGGUUUUACGUGUGUAACCCUGCCAUCAAACAAUGUGUGCCCGUCCCUCCCCCUCCACCUACAGUCCAUCUGCCUUCUCUUUAUGCAUCAUUAGCUUUUGACCCUUCUGAGUCCAUUCAUUACCGUAUUGUCAUCGCAUCGCUUGCAACUCAGCCACAGGGUCUGCAUAUUUUUUGCUCCCAAAGUGGAGAGUGGACGACACAUGAGGUCCAAGUAAAGCUACCGGUUCCUGCUGAGAGAUUUCGGUUGGUUAGGCACUGUGUUUACUUGAAGGGCAUGUUAUAUAGAUUAUCGUUGUCUAACAGGAUUCUAUGUUUUGACCUCAAAGCUAAGACAGCCCGUAUAAUUGUGUGCCCAAACAAGAUAAAAGAUAAGAUGCCAAGAGGAUGUUUCGGGGUGUUAGCUGGCUCUCUCUCGUAUGCAAAGAGAGAAUGUGGACAUUUUUGGGUCUGGUUGUUUGACAACCACAGUGAACAGGGUGAAUGGAUAUUGAAAUAUAAAAUAUCCACCUCUCACAUAUCUAAACUUGCAUCAAGAAUCUCGUUGAGUGGUUUACAUGUAUGGUUACAGCCAUAUGCACUUCAUCCGAAAUCCGACAUCUUAUUUGUGGGCACUGCGCGUUCUCUUAUGAUGUAUCAUCUUGGGUCUGGUCAUAUGGAAAACGUGCGGAGUAAUGGACUUAGGGAUAUGCAUUGUGGCUCCUUGUUCUCUAUGUUCACAUAUACACGCACCAUAAUCACGCUGAAGAACUGGUGCAGGAUUCCUAACGAACUAGAUUUGUGCAAGAGCUGGAGGCUGUUGCAGUCAACCGUCAGGCACUGCACUGCGUUGGUUCUAUACCUGGGUUAGAAUAAAGGAAGAGUAGGCAUCUGCUCCCUCUUUAGUUUAUUGGUAUUUGGUGGUAAGCUCAAUAAGAGAUACCAAUAGGCUAAUUGAUUUGCAUAGUUUCUCAAGGAGAAAUGUCUAGAACAAAAUCCUAAACAAUCUUUGGUGGUGUAUUCUGCAAAUAUUGUAGUAUAUUUAUUAUGAAAAGUAUAUUUAUGAA